AUGUCCGGCCGACGCGAUCGAGGUACUACGGUCAUCACGGCCGAGGAGCGAGUCCGUCGCGCCACUGAGGCCAAAACCAACAUUCGUGAGGCGGUCGCAUUCACCCCUGCCCUCCUAGGUCGUGUCCACACUCGUAUUGAUUCCAACGCUUUCCGCCGCUGCAUUUCCGACAACGCUAUCUACCAGUCUCUUUGCAACUCUCUAAAGGACAAGAACCUCCCUGAGCGUGAACGCCGCCCGGAUCUCGUUGACUUUCUUGCCCUUGAGGCCAUCAUUCCUGUUCAGUACGGCGGUGAAUACAACCGAGUCCUCAAAGAUCUCUACAUCAGAUGCAACACUGAGAACUGGGCUGAGAAGGCUGUGCUUGACGCCAACCAUGACUGGUACCAGGACCGGAUUGGCGACGCCAAGAACUUCAUCCGCAGCAUGAUCAAAAAGGUCGAUUCUCAGCUGUUGGAAAUCAUUUUGGAAGACAUCGAGACCAACUUUUGGCGUGAGAAGGUCCAGGACAAUGUUCUUUAUAAGAAAGUCACCGUCAAGAUGCUGGAGAAGCGCCAGCUCAGUCAGCGAGACGUUCUCACCAUGGUCGCUAUUAACGGCGGCAAAUACCCCACCGAGCUCUUCCGACAUCUCGUGGUCAAGCAGAACUCGGAAAUGCUCAACUAUGGCAACAACCUUCAUGCCCAGCACGACCUAUAUGACGACCAAGAGUAUCAGGGUUCCGCUGCUCAAGCUAUAAUUCCAGGCAAUGCCCCCUUGACUCAAUCUAUUGCUCAGAGUGGCCCCGCCAUUGAUGGUAUCAUUGAGCUUGAAGCCAUCGCUGAGGCCAUGCAGAACAAGCAUAAAAGCCGUGAGGUCCGCAAGAAGCUGCAAGAGUUGAAAGAGCUUUUGAAGGACGACUACCCUGCCAUCAAUGCUGUUCAGAGCGGCCGUGUGCACAAACCCUCUGGCUCUGGUACCCAGCCAUCCCGCUUGGGCUCUCGUGCGCGUCAAAUGUCUAGUGAUACGCGCGAUAGAGGCCUCUUCGUGAACCAGGCUGAAAGAUACUUCAGCGACAACGAUGAACAUGAGGGAACAGCCCAGAAGCCACAGGCUACCCGGGAAAUGAAGGACGAUGAGCAGGCCAAGCACCGACAGGGACCACUGGGUCAGUUGGGCACUCCUGUCAUCAAGAAAGAGCCAUCCAGUCAUGAUGAAUACCUCUUUCUUUCCCGCACCAGUGCCGCUUCCUACUGA